AUGCCAGUGAGCGAAGCCUUCAGCCAAAUCGAUCUGAGAUGGCGGCGGAUGAUUCUCCGCAUGCGAGAAAGGUUUCAAUGGUCAGCCAAAGGCGUCCUGCUCUGGCUAUUGCCAAGAUCCUCUUUGCGCUAUCUGCCUUUGCCAUACCCAGCUACCUCAACGCUGGACAAGUGGGAAGCUCAGUGCCGUGUGCAAGUGAUGGAAGGAGUUGUAUCAAAGCGGCAUACGGCCAAAGCUCAAAACAGCUUCACCUACGAGAACCUUGGCGACUGCAUUCACCUGAGGAACCGGAUGGGAUUGGACACAGCCUUUUGCGAGGAUCCGGUGUUGCAGGGCUUCAAAUUGGCCAAAUCGGCCAAAGGUCUCUCUCAAAGGGUGAAGUCGGCCGCUCUGGCCGAGGCAAAGCAGAAAGCUCAGGAGGCAGAACAUCGGGGAGAACAAGACGAACUUGCUCGAGCCUUGAUUGGGCCUCGCGGCGGACUCCCUACCUUGAGAAAGGAUCUGAUCAGGUUGGCGGCACUGCUGAACGUCGAGAUCCAGCCCACCGACAAUGUCGAACAGAUCAAGGAGAAGGUGAAACCCAUGGUGGCCUUACUCAAGGAGACAAAGACUGCGGCAAAGGCCAAACCUCAAGGCAAGACAGAGAAAAGGUCUCUCGUUCCGCAAGGAGCGACAAGCAGCGGGUCGUCCUCCAGACCUCCUCCGGCGACAGUCCCAUGGUCGCAGGUGCAAGAGAUGCAAGGCAAGUUCCAGUCCGCGCUGGACAAUAUGGCUUUGGAGCUUCAAGAACUUCGCGCCGGUCGCAUUCCUCAACAGCCGGUCGACCUGACAAGCCUGAUGACAGAGCCCAGUUUGAUGACCGACGAGGACAUGAUGCACAUGAGGAACCCCAUGGGAUACGGUCUAAGUCAGGGCCGAGAUGUGAGCAUGGAGGAGGCUUACCGGACCGAUCCGGAGUUUCGCCAAGAGGUGAACAUGAGCUUGGAACAAGAUUGGGAGGCCAAACUGGCAGCACACUACGGGGAGGAUUACUACCUCUUGACUCAGGAAGAGAUGGAAGCUUGGAAUCAACAUGAACAAGAUCGCCGUCGUGUGUCCCAAGCUCCCAAGAAGAUCAAAGAGUUGCUUGAGACUGAGUACUAUGAGGAGAUGAAGAGCUUUCUUGACGACGAGAUCUUUGUCCAACCGAUUGACUUGAACUUCAAGGUCAAUGAGACCCUAAUGAACGACAAAGUGUCUUCGAAUGACCAGCCCCUUGUGACCGAGAUUUACACGAGUGCGAGAAACGUGACGCAGGAAGCAAAACGUCGUGGUCACAAAGUUGGGACAUCUAUGAGCUUGGACAAUGGUUGGAAUUUCCUGCUUCGUCGUCAUCGAGAAGCUGCCAUUGAAAAGGUGAAGACGGAGAAACCCUUUUGUGUGGUACUGGCGUUUCCGUGUGGGCCCUUCAGUCCACUCCAGUUCCUGAACAAGAAGGGACACCGCUCCUGGCCUGCUCGUCUUCAUGCAGGCCGCAUUCUGAUGAAAUUUGCCUUGGAGAUCGCCCGCAUUCAAAUGAGCGAAGGACGACACUGCAUCCUCGAGAACCCUAAGCCAUCCUUGGCUUGGAGUGAACCUGAAAUGAAGAGGUUUUUGGAGGAGGAAAAUGUUUUUCCAGCUGUCUUUGAUCAGUGCCGUUUUGGCCUUCGGAGUGUCUCAGGAGACCUGCGUAAGAAGCCGACCCAGGUGGUGAGUUCUUCUUCGUGCGUUACAAGUAUGCUGGAUGGGGUGUGUUGCAUGCGUGACCAUUCCCACACGCCGGUUCUUGGAGGUUCGAGAAUCACAGCUCCUGCUGGACUGUAUCCUCGGGCCUUGGCUCGCACUUUGGUUCGCGGACUGGAAGCCCAGUUCGAGAAGGACUUCAAGCCCUGUGAAGUUUUGGUUGCAGGUGUCCAUGAGGACGAUGGAGACCAAGUGGUCGCUGUUCGAGGAGAGAUUGAGGACAAUGAGGCCUCUGAUGAGGAGUUCGCAGUGUCCCCAGAUGAGAAAAAGCUGGUGAUCCCUGGCAGUGUGAAGGCGACGAUUCGCCGUCUUCAUGAAAACACAGGUCAUAGAAGCAACACUCGCCUUGCUCGGGCUCUGACUUUGGCUGGAGCACCUUUGGAGGCGAUCGUGGCAGCCAAGAGACAUCAGUGUGCAGUCUGUCAAGAGAGGAAGCCCCCCAAAA